AUGGAUGAGAAGGUUGCACCAAAAUCGAUGCCUACUAUGAAAUCAGCAGGCAAAGAUUCUGGCUUGAGAGUGGGGUAUAAGUGUAGUCGCUGUCCUCUAAUGCAGGGCUUUUUCGAAGGGAUAUCCGAAUCAGAGGAUGAGAGAUCCUGCUCGCGGCCUCUUCGCAGACGGGAUGUACUGCCCGAUGUUGAGAGAGGGUUAGAGUGUGAUUUCUUGGGUGAAUUAGCAGCGCGUAAGAAACUAGACAUGGCCACUAUUGGGGUGAUUGAUGUGACCAAAGCGAAGUUGCUGAGUGGAGUUGUUCAGAGGGCCAGAACUGAGAGAAGUGGGCGACAGGGCAGCGAGAAGAUGAGAACCAGCCACAGCUCACCGCUACUGCAGGUUACCGUCCCGUCGGGUGAGAUGAAGCUUCGUCCCCAGUCCACCACACACCAGGCUACACGUCAGCUCACGAUUCGGCAACCUGUCGUCACGCAAGCACUCAACAUGAGAAAUGGCGAGGAAUGGUCAGUCGAAGAAACCGCAUGCCUCCUCACUCAUCUGGACUAUUGCAUAGAGCACGAUGAGAAGUACACAGACACAAUUCAAGAAAGACUGCAGGAGGUCUCUGGAAAAGAAAAAAGGACUUUGAGCAGUAUCAGAACCAGACUAAAACGGGUUGCGAAGAAAUAUUGCCAGCGGAAGGAGGUCAACAUUCCUGCGCUCUACGAUACUGGCACAAAGUACCUCGACUUGAACAAGCUUCCCGAAAGCCUGGUGGCAGAUAUACAGCGGCAGCGCAUGUCGUGGGCGGUAGAUGACUCGACCGAGAAUAAGUCACUCACAUUCAACUCCACUCCAGGCAUCUUCCAAAGCUCUCAAGAUGUAGGGAUGGAAAACUUCCGGAACUUCCAGAACGAUGAAGACCAGGAAUCAGAGGUGGAUCGAGCCAUAGCUGAAUCGAUUGCGGCUGAUGCGACUACAGAGAACGACCCAGUUGAUAGAGGUUCUGUACCCAGCGAUGGAGACCGUGAUACUAUCCUCGUUCGUCGACCUCCCAAAGAGCCGAAGUCCGAUUUCAGUCCUGUCCUGGAGGGAGUGGAGGCACACAACCCCACCACAGCCGUUGAGGCUACGAAGUCGAACAAUCUUCUGGACAACAAGAGAUGCGAAGACCCAGAUGAACAUGUCCAACUUUAUGAGAUCGUGACCGCAUUAACACCGUCCGACACUACCAUGGAUGAUGAUCUAGUCGAUGCAGAUUGUGAAAUCAACCCCCAAAAUAAUACUGUUGCAGCUUCAAGAGAAAGUAACGAUACGAUUCUAGCUAGUCCAGCUCGUCCAGCUCGUCCAGUUCGUUCAACUCGUUCAGUUCCAUCCCAGCUCGUGCCUGCCUCUAUCCCUGCCAAUGAACAAAAGGGGCGCACGUGCGAUAUGUGCAAGAUAAAGAAAAUUGCUUGCGAGGGAGGCAAGCCGUGUUUACAUUGCAAAGCGAAAAAGACUGGUACCAAUCCUACGAUGUGGAGGCGUUGCGCCGUGUCAAGACCGUUCCACCAAGAGAAGGACAGAGGCCAGUCCUCAAAAAAGCGUUCGCUACCCAUCACAUUGCCAGAAGACAGUUCGACGGCAGGCCCAGCCAAGAGGCUAAACUUGUACCAGAAUGCCCAGCAACGUAAUCAAAUCUCAAGAACCACUCAACAAGAGGAUGAAGACACACACUAUCUACCCGUAGAUCUGGAGACAAGACCCAAGAAGCUACACAAAGUCUCGCAUCAAACCUACCAUGUGGAGAGUGCUCAAGCUACAGCACAGGUGGAACAAGCUAUAGCACCCAUGGGAGAGGAGUAUACCAAAUCUCAAACUAAGACGAACAUACUGUGGGAUCUUAUGCCCAAUCUGAUCCAACAAAUCGUCACUUCUGGGAAGAUACUGGUGCCAGAACUUCGGCAGACGCUAAAUAGCAUUCACUAUACAUUCGGGAGUGAGCUAGAUGAGCCAAGCGCAAUGAGAACGCUUGUUCAGGACCAUUUAGCGCUCGAUCAGGAAAAGGCAAGUUAUCUUGAGAAGUUACGUGGCGUGGUCGGUGUCGAGCAACACGACGGACAGAGCUUUCCGCGGGCUCCAGAACGAAAGACCGUGGACCAGGGAUGGAAAGAUACACGGAAUGGUAUUAGAGAUGUCGUUGGUCAUGAACUUGGUGCCCUGACUGAAUUUGAGAGAGGCUUUCUUGUAGCCAAGGUCGAUGAACUACUUAACGGUCGUCAUGCUGAUCAGGAGCUCGAAGAGUGGUUAGAGGGGUUUAUUGCGCAGCUCGGGCAGUUAAAAGGGGCCCAGACGUUGAUGAGCGCGUUGUUUUGUCGAUUGGUCUUUGCAACACCAGACCCAAUGUUCAACGAGGUGGACCCUAUCUCGAUGGAGAUUUACAAGAUGACUGCCUUGACGGAAGGAUUGAUGAGGGUGAAACAUCUCAACAUGAUCGGUACCAAAUUGUGGUUCGCAAGCGUCGAAUUCGCCAGUGGUGCCGGAUUACGACGAGCCACGAUGAUAGCUACACGCUUCGGGCAGAUGGCUCAAGCAACGGCGCCUCACAAGACACCCAUGUUCGAGUAUUUCGAUGGCAUUGCAUGGGCAAGGAAAGCCAUCGAAUUGAAGCAAAGCUUGCUGAUCAGUCCCAUGGACUACCGAAUCCACUUCUGCUUCCCCGGAACCAAAUUUGAUCCCUCUUGGAUGCAGGCUGAAGACGACGAAGGAGACAUCAUCAAGGGUCCAAUCUCCGAGGGAACACGAGUGGCAAUGUGCCUCUUCCCAGCGAUUGCACAGCAGGCAGCUGCACCCUUUGUGAAGGAUGCAGAUGUGACUGACGCACUGGUCAGUCGCAAGAGGUUCUUCCCAACGCACAAAGAGAAAAUGGAGUUGAAUCCGGCGAAUGUUCUCUCGAAAGCAGUUGUUCUGUUGGAGAUCGAAGAGUCUCUUGCUGAGCACACGAGGAACGGGGGCAAAUGAAGCACGAUGGAACAUGUAUGGGCAAACGGGAAAUCGCCAGAAUGAACUUCCAUUUCCUGGCACUGUCCCUUGGCUAGAAAGGAGUAGAAAAAAGAUCAAUGGUACUUUGAGCCAGUGCUCAGAGAAGCUCAAAUAAACAGAAAAUAUGUAAUCAAUGCUCUCUUUAAGAUAAAGUGAGCGUGAGAUCCUGAGUGUCGGACAGCCGACACCACUGGAACUGCUGUCCUCUUCAAAGAGACGCAUACUAGGGGCAAUGGAAACAGGUUGUUGUUUAAUGCAUGCCGUCGGGUAGCCGAAAAUUUUCACUGACUCCGUAAUAGCUCAUAGCGCUUUAACUUUCUGAAUACAGUGAAGGA